GUAGCAGUACAAAUCCUGGCUUUCCUCAAAACUCCAUUAGCCUGCUCUGCGCUCCACAAAAACUGCCCCUUGCUCUCAGACACACCAAGAACAAGAAACACACACUCAUAGGAUCAUCACAUAGGGACACACACCUCUCCUGGAGCUCCUGAAGAACCAGAGGAGGAGGAAAGAGGGUGGAAGAAUUUGGCCUCAAGUCUCGCAAACGCCUUCAAACUUCUGGGAUGAGGUGGUGGCUGGUAGUGGCCUGUCUGUGGCUGCUAGUGGGGCUGACCAUAGCUGAUGCUCAGGCCACACAUCGAAACCAAGAUGGUGGGAUCCGAAGGGGAAAGAGGAAGCGGGACGGACAAGGUCGUCGCCACGCAAGAGGAGGACGCCCCCGACCUAUGAAGAUUAGACUGAUUCCUGGUCCCAGCAUCCCUGUAGAGUCAGAGGACAACCAUGGAAACACUCUGUUCCUGAACUCCUACAAAAACGUUCAAGAGCAGCACUCAACUUACAAUGUAAUCCCAGGUAAGCAGGGCCACUGUGUGUACCAGGGUCUGACCAUGUUCGACCAGGCCGUCUGGUCUCCACAGCCCUGUGUGACUUGUCAGUGUACCAGAGGACGGGUGGUUUGUGACAAGAUCACCUGUCCGAUGACACGCUGCCAUUUCCCCUUCACUCCUGCCGGGGAGUGCUGCCCUGUCUGCAUGGAGCCAGAACCUGACCACAGCCUUGAACUUUCUGGUGACUCCCCAGUUCCCAACGACACCAACGAGGACAUGACCCCGCUGACCCAGGACGAGAUCCAGGGAAUCCUCUGGCGGGAAGAAGAGGAGCAUAGAGAGGAAGAGGAGCGCUUAAGGAAGAAGGAUGAGGCUAGGAAAAAAAAGAGGAAGCACAGGAAGGAGCAAGAAGAGAAGCAAAGGAAGAUAGUGGAGGAGAAGCGUAGGGAAGAGGAGGAGGCUCUGAGGCUGCAGUUGGAGACAGAGGAGGAAGAGUGGAAGGAGCAGGAGGAGAGGAGGAGAGAGGAAGAGGAGAGGAGAAGAGAGGAAGAGGAGAGGAGAAGAGAGGAGGAGGAGAGGAGAAGAGAGGAGGAGGAGGAAAACAGAAGGAAGAGAGAGAAAGCAGAGAGGGAGAAAGAAAGGGAGUUAGAAGAGGAAAGGAGGAGGCAGGAGGAGAGACUCAGAGAGGAACUAAUAGAACUGAUGGAGGAGGAAGAGAGAGUCCAGGAGGAAGACAAGCAGAAGGAGUGGAGCAAGCAGGAGGAGAAGAGGAGAGAGGAGGAAGAGAGACUGAGGGAGGAACUACAGGAACUGGUAGAGGAGGCAGAAGAGCAAAAGCAGGAGAUAGUAGAGGAGGAGGAGGAGGUGUGGCUAAGGGGAGAUGUGUUUCAGAUGCCUCCAAAAGAACCUGAGGAACCUGAAGAACCAGAGCUCCUGCCUACUCCGAUACCAAGACCUGCUACGCCAGAGGAGCUGGAGAGUGAAACAGAGGAUGCGGAUGCGAUGGACAGAGAAAGUCUCCCUCACGGCUGCGAUUUCUCAGAUGUCACUGUGACAUGUGACAACGCCAAACUCACCUACUUCCCUCCACUAUCCAUACCUGAACUCAAAUCUCUCAGUCUGGAGGGCAACAACAUCAGCAGCAUCCCAGCUGCAGCCUUUAAUGGCAUCCCCAACCUGGAAUGGAUCAACCUGAAGAAGAACAAGCUCACCUCUGCUGGCAUCGAUGCUAAAGCCUUCAAAGGUCUGAAGAACUUAAGGCGACUCUACAUGGAUGGGAACCUUCUGGAAAUUGUGCCGUUUGAACUUCCUCCCACUCUGCAGGAGCUGAAGAUUAAUGAGAACAGACUGAAAAGCAUCAAAGCAGAUAGCUUCAAAGGUCUGAGCAAUUUGGUGAUUCUGGAGUUGGAAGGAAAUCUGCUGAGUGAAGGAAAUGUAGCUCCUCUAGCUUUUGCUCCUCUUACCCAGCUCGCCUACCUCAGAAUGGGCAGAAACCAUUUCCGUACCAUACCACAGGGUCUUCCCAUGCCAUUGCUGGAACUGUACUUAGAAAACAACCUGAUCGAAGAAAUCUCAGAGACUGUUUUCAACCAGACCCAGAAUCUGAACUUGAUUUCUCUGAGACACAACAGGCUGGAUGAGACCAGGAUUGCCCCACUUGCCUGGAUAAACAACAGAAAUCUGGAGUCCAUUGACCUUUCCUAUAAUGACCUCUACCUGGUUCCAUCCUAUCUUCCUACAUCUCUGGUUCAUUUAGUGCUGGUGGGAAACAAAAUAGAAAGGGUACCUGGCUACGUCUUUGCUCACAUGGAUCCUGGUAUUGAGUACCUCUACCUCUCCUACAAUAAACUGGAUGGGGAGGGAAUUGAACCAGAGUCAUUCUUCGGCUCGUACAACUCAAUGGUGGAACUGUGUCUGGAUCACAAUCAGCUGGUUAGCGUGCCAUCAGGUAUCAACGAGAUGACCAACAUACACUUCCUAAGACUCAACAAUAACAACAUCAGGAGUAUCCCAGAAGAAAGCAUCUGUGACCCGAAUCUCAGUGGAGAGUCGACUUUGGUGGUCGUGAGGCUAGAAAACAACUAUAUAGACCCCAUGAAGAUCUCCCCAUCAGCCUUUUCCUGUGUACACUCUUCAUCCGCUGUGACCUUAAAACCCCAGAAAACCAAGUGACCUGAGUUCAAAACAAAUCUAAAUAAUCCUGCAAGACACUUGUUGAAACCCGCAGAGGAUGAGAUUGGAUUUUAAUAUGCCAACAGAAGUCAAAAUAUAAGAUACCAGUAAAUUUUCCCCUCUCCCGCUCUCUCAUGCUGUAUGUUAUUGACAUUAUGAUCAAAUGAUAACUUGGAAAAACGGUGCUCAGAUGUACAGGCUGAACAUGGAAAAAAGAAGUUUCACAGUCAAAAUUUACUGCUGAUCUAAUUUACCAUUUGGGAAUCUACUGUCUUGUCAUAUACUUGGACUGAAGUCUAAGAUCUGGAAAGUUGUUUCACAGUAAUGCCUCGCCCACCUUGAACUUGCAUAAAAGAAACAGAACACCUUCAGACGUAAAACCAAACGGACGCUUUAGUGAAAUGUUCAACUCUCUAAAAAGGAAAGAAUUCCUGCACCAGUAAAAUCAAAACGCUAAUAAAGGAAUGGAAAGAUUUCUGUGAAGUUAGACCAUGAGCCCAACACAUUACAUUUAACAACCUCACCACCUACAUGUUCCAUGUCUCAGCUCCGUUCCUUCCAAUCCCUUAUUUCAUAAAAUGUGUGAGAGGUGAGUUCCCAUGUGUUAGGCCAAACUUUGAACUCUUUUUGCUAAAGAUGAAGAAACAGGUAAAGAACCAAGAUGAGGUGAGUGCUGUUGGAGAGCUAAUUCCUAUGACCACCUUUUUCCUCAAUGGCCAACCAGGCAUCAGCUGUAAGGAGGGAAUGUCAGUUUAGUUUUUAUUCCUAAGAGCUUCAUGUUUUAAAUAAAGCUAAAGGUAUAUGUGGUCUGAAACAAAUAAUACCUGAGCAUCCUUUGACCAAAUCCUGAGCUUUGGCCUAUGCUUAAAGGGAAAUAAUCCCCUGAAACGGAAUCAUUUUUGCUCUGACAUUUUGAUAACAACCCCACUGCACACAAAUCUGCAGAACUGACUAAAAACACUCUAGUUUACAUGUGCAUGCACACAAACGCUUCCUUCCACAGAGUGAUAACAGAAAUGCUUGUGUGCAAACGCACAAACGCAAAAGUCUCAGUUUUCAAAGGGAACUCUGUAAUGCUAGUUCACGCCAUAAUGAAAAUGGUAUUAUUAUUAUGGUGUUAUUUAAAGUUUGUACUCUGGAAAGUUUCUACUCUGGAACACCUAAAACACUGUUGUCAUGCAAGUGAGAGGCCAAAACACAACAAAAAGGUUAUUUUUUUUGGACAAUUUUUUUUUUUUUGCAUAAUCAUGAUCUUAGGCAUCCUAAAGAAAGCCCCUCUCUGAGAUACAAUAGCUUGCUCCAUUGUCUCCUUAAAUUUAUAUUCUGUUUGAAUGUUUUCUUUUAAAGAUGCCUUCUGUUUCUUCACAAAAACCUGCCUAAAUCAUACCAAAGGUCAGUGUUAAUUCCUCAACAAUCAACCUGUCUAACUGUGGUGUUAUGUAAUAAGUCAAUGUCAACUCUGAGUGUGAUUAAAAAAUGGCUUCUGCAACUUGGGAGAGGAAAUGCUUUGUGUUAGAGGGUUUCAUUAUCCUAUUAUGAACUGUUGAAAAAAAAAAAAAAACACUUUUUUUAUGGAGCAUAUUUCCUAUUUGAACAUUUGUAUUGAAGUAUAAUUGCCCUUUACUUUGCUCUUGGCUGGCCAAUAUGCAUAAAUUAAAUGUCAAAAUAUUUUUUACUGUUCUGCUUUACAUACUGUUACGCUGCAAAAGUCAAAUAAAAUUGACCAUAUUCCCA